AUGGCGAUCACGGAUGGUGUGAUGCCUGUUGAGUCCGUCUCGACGCUUGUCCUGCAGUUUGAUGAGUACAGCUCGACCAUGAGCUCGCAGCCCAGCGAGGCAGCUUUCCUCGCGAGGGUCAUGCCUCAAUAUGCACAGGAGCAGCCAGUCCCAUUGCGUGUGCUAGUUUCUCCAACAAACUUCCACAAACUCCAAAAGAUGUACUCGCAGAUACCCAGCGUCGAGGUUCGACCGUUCAAGAUUCAGCCCAAGCACCUCAAUAUCAGUAUGAUGCUUUCGCUUAUGUCUGUCUCUCAGGGUGGUGAAAUGCCCUUAUACAUGCAACAAGUAACCCGAGUCCUCCGAGACAUGGCCAUGGAGAGCGGGGGUUACUUUGAUUAUGGUGAUUUUCGGGCCCGCCUACAUGCCCUGAAACUCAGUCGUGCUCAGACGCCUUUUCUGCACCAAAGGCUCGAUCUACUUGACUCGUACCUUGAUCUUAACGGACAGACCUCAGGCGACUAUUUUGUUGACGGCGGUGUCACCAUCCUGGACUUGUCCUGCCCAUUCGUCGACCAGAGCACGGCGUGCGUUCUCUUCCGUAUCACCAUUGAACUGUUUCUCCACGCUCAUGCUUCGCGGGGGAAGAUGAUCGUCGCUGACGAGGCACAUAAAUACAUGACUGAUACGCCAGCCGCGAAGGUGCUUACCGAGACCUUCCUGACCAUAAUCCGACAGCGACGGCAUCUGGGAGUCCGUACCAUCAUCUCCACCCAGGAGCCAACAAUCUCGCCUCGGUUGAUCGACCUCUGCUCAGUGACGAUCAUUCACCGAUUCACAAGCCCGGAAUGGUACAAGACGAUCGAACGGCAUGUCCCGAUGGAUCGUCAAGAUAACGGGCAGCACAGCGAGCCUACUCCUGAUGGGUUCCAUCGGAUCGCUGGCCUACGGACUGGAGAAGCAAUCGUGUUCGCUCCCUCCGCGCAACUCGUAGGGGAGAACGGCGCAGUCAUAGAUGCCAAGCAUCAUGCCUUCAAGAUGAAGAUGAGGAAGAGAGUUACGUGGGACGGUGGAAAGACAAUCGUUUGCAUUCGUUAAAAGUAGCAGAGACAGGAAUAGCGAGCCAUGAGUGAGGGAAGGGAAC